AACUCCAGCAUCAGUUUUUAGGAAAUAUUUUACGAGAUCAGUUUGGCUGCCAAGAAAGUGUGGAGGGAUAAGAAUUAUCCAGAACGCCUUGCCAUAUACGUGCUGUACGCCAAACUAUGCAAAAGCUAUCUUGAUGUUGCCGACGAGGAAUCAUUCAAGUUGUGCGAAGCUGAAGCUAAGGAGGCGAAGUUCCUUGGAAAAGGCACUUUGGAUGACGACCAGUGGAAAGAAUCAAACCGAUCAAUCGAACAAAUCAAAAAAUUGAUAGGGGAUGCUCUUCACGAACGUGAACUCAUUGAUGAAGAUUCGGAUUCGUGA